CACAGGAAGGAAGCAAAACUCGAAACAAAAACAAGACAGGAGAGGGGAAUCCCAAUGUUAGAUAGAUUCUAAUCCAGGGUCCUGCAGACUGACGGAACCACGACUUUUGUGUGUAUGUAGAUGCGCAGCUGUAAGAACAAGGACUUCGAAAACUUCUUCAUUGUGCACCAAGUGACCUUUCACCCAGACUAUAUAUUGUCGUAUUGUUGUGCUGGAAACGGCCUGCAGAAAUCUAUGUGAAAAGUCUGUGUUUGUAUUUAAAAGCUGGCGAGGAAGUACUCGCGGGACAACGUAAUGUUCAACAAGGCUGUAGUGAAUCACAGCGGCAUCUGCACUGUGGCACUUUUGCUUUUAUUCUAUGAGCUUACUGCAAUGGUUAGGUGCACUGAGCAUCUACCACAGGACAGUUACGACAAUAGUGAGAUCGGAAAUAGUCUGAAGAAGUCUCAUUUCCGUAAUGCGGUUGUCAACGGGAAGAAUGUAAUAGUUGAAAGUUUCAAAGUAAGUGAUGAUACCCAUCGCAGUGUUGGAGAUGUGUCAUCUGUUGAUGAUAGACGAAGUGAUGAAGGAUUUAUUGCUGUGUCAGAUCAAGUGGCGAGUUGGUCUCAACCAAGAUUUCCUGUAGAAACAGUCAUUGUCGAUGCUGAGUUUGAUCAGAACUAUGGAAACUGGACUGUGAAUAGGACAUCGCAGAUUCUCUUUGUCUACAACUACACGGAGACCGUGAACAAGACGACAGCAGUUCGAAUCCGAGUUACGUGUUCUAAUGCUACAGAGAACUACCCAGUGAUGUUUGUUGCUCGGCAACAAGAAGGAAUUCUAUCAUGGAGGGUGCCUUUGGAGAUUGGAAAAGGCUACUCCUUCUGGUCGGUGAGUCGCACGCUGUGUCCCCUGGACAGGGAGCAUCGGCAGAUCAUUGUCAAGGAGCAGCUCAUUUAUCUGACGGUGUCGACAAUGGCCUUCAACAACCGAGACUUCAACCUGACGGCACAGCUGUUACAGGACUUUGAGCUAGAGCACGCGAGAGCCAAAACAUUCUCGGUGGCAGCGUCCAGACCCAAGUACUACAUGUACACCUUCCCCGAGAACGUGGAGACUGUACUGUUGAAGGUCACGUCACCCACGGAGACCUGCAUGACUGUGUCUGUGCAGACUGUCAAGUGCCCUGUAUUUGACCUUGACACUAAUGUGGAGUACGAAGGAAAACACCAGACCAUGUCCUCCCAGGCCGCCAUGUUUCUGGAGAAAAGCGAUUACCCGGACAUGAACAGCUUCUAUGUGGUUUUCAUCACCAAACCCAACAACGAGGACUGUGAGGGGUUUGUAGAGUUCAGUCCCUUGUUGCCACCCGGGCACGCCUCGGAGGUCGUGAAAACGGUCACCGUGGAAGUGAAAGAGACCAUCUCAGACUCCCAGUACGACAAGGCUGUGUUUGCCACCCUGGCCGUGUUCCUCUGCUUCUACCUGAUCGCCGUCGUCAUUGGCUGCGUGUUUGCUGGCUGCGGACUCCGUAAAGACAUCGGUGACCUUACAGAAGAAGAAAGAGAGGCGAAACAACUGCUUUUCUCAAAUAUCUCACCGCUACUGCCGGAGCAGAAUGUCAACUCUGAUUACAUACAGGCACUGCACAGGCCGCUGGCUGGCGUGCUGGACUCUGGGACCAGUGAGGAACAGGCGGCGAUUUUGGCUCAAGUCUCAGAAAGUGAAGAAGAUAAUUUUCUGAAUAGAACAGACAGCCCAGGGGGCUAUGGAGCAAUUCCUACAAACAGAGGAGCCAGUAAGGAACUCGGCCCAGUACACCCAAGAGGAGCGGCCUCCAAUUCCGACUCCUCUGAGGCGUAUGUCAACGAGAAUGACAUUGAUUUCCUCACUGAUGCCGACAGUGAGAAGGAAGUGUUUAGAACAAAGACUGCUCUUUUUGUCAGCGACCUGGCACGGAAGAAGAGGAGUAAACUGUCCAAGCUCUACAAACUGUACCAUUGGAAUCUUGGGACCAUUGCCAUCUUCUAUGGACUGCCUGUUGCACAGUUGGUCCUCACUUACCAAAAGAUCCUGCGACAGACGGGGAACCAAGACCUGUGCUACUACAACUUUGCCUGUGCCCACCCCUUAGGCUCCUACAUCAGCUCUUUCAACAAUGUCUUCAGCAACAUCGGCUACGUUCUUCUCGGCAUUCUCUUCAUCAUCAUCGUCUAUUACAGAUCAUGGCACAACCGUCGAGUAAUUGAAAAGUAUGGGGAUUUGGAGCGGAAGUACGGCAUCCCUCAACACUUCGGCCUGUUCUACGCCAUGGGCCUGGCUCUGGUCAUGGAGGGAAUCAUGAGCAGCUGCUACCACAUCUGUCCCAACUACUCCAACUUCCAGUUUGAUACGUCCUUCAUGUAUGUGAUAGCGUGCCUGUGUAUGUUGAAGAUCUACCAGGCCCGCCACCCAGACAUCAACGCCAAGGCCCAUGUGGCGUACUUUGUGAUGGCAGUCAUCAUUUUCCUGGCCGUUGUCGGGGUGGUAUAUGGCAACACAGGACUAUGGGUGGUCUACGCUGUGGUACAUAUAGUGCUCACCAUAUUUCUCACUGCACAAAUCUACUACAUGGGACGCUGGAAAGUUGAUCGCUACAUCUUCAAGCGUUUCUUCCUGGUCAUAGUUUCUGACUGCCGCAGAUGUUCCCGCCCUGUUUAUCCUAAUCGCUUUGUUAUGUUGUUGGUCGGCAAUGUUGUCAACUGGGCUUUUGCUUUGUACGGAGCUAUAGAAAGGCCGUCUGACUUUGCCAGCUAUCUGCUGGCGGUCUUCAUCGGAAAUCUGCUCCUUUACUGUGUUUUCUACGUCAUAAUGAAGUUGCUGAGUAAGGAGCGGCUGAGCUGGCUGGUUAUCGUGGUCAUCUUGACGUCCAUGGUCACGUGGGGAGGCUCACUUUACUUCUUCUUCCAGCACCUCACCUCCUGGCAGAAAACCCCUGCCGGCUCUCGGGCUGGCAAUCGUGAGUGUAUCCUGUUGGAAUUCUACGACUCGCACGACGUGUGGCACUUCCUGUCGGCCAUUAGCCUUUUCUUCUCCUUCCUGAUUUUACUGUUACUUGACGAUGAUGUGUCGCUGAAAAGGAGAGAUCAGAUCCCCGUGUUCUGAUCACCUGCCGUGAUGUGUCGUGAUGUGUCGUGAUGAACGUGGUGGAAGAGUCGUCAGCCCAGACUCCUCAGUGUGGGUGGUUGGCGGGUGCUCUGGUGUGGUCUGCUUCUUCUUUCCUAUCAGACAUCUAUCGUCCUUAU